UCUUUCGUAAAUGUCAUGACUUUGACUUUUCCUUUAAGCAUAUCCUUUAAACUUUGAUUUAGUCGAGGUUUAGCCGUUGGUCAGGGUUCACUUCUUUUUUCCUGUUGUAACUAGAUUUUAGUCAGAUUUUUAUACAAAAUUACAUUAGAUUAGUAAGCUAAUUCCUCCCACUAAAAUGGGGAAAUUAAAAAAUUUGCUUUGUGUCGCCAUUCUCAUAAUCGGAAUCGUUCAUAUCGACGAAACCGUAUCAUCCCCACAACCCCCCGUGCCCCACGGAUGGCGUGACAUUUUGCGAGAUUUGAUUCACACCGGAGAAGAAGAUGACCAGGAUUCGACAUCAUCAGAGGAGGAUGAAAAAGUGGUUGGAAAUAUGCAAACACCAAAUUACCACCCUCUCAGCCAAGAAAUGGCGAAUCACAUUAAUAACGUUAUCAAGCCAAAUUGGACGGCUGGAUUGAACUUCCACCCCCAGACCGACAUGUCCUACAUAAAGCGUCUCUGUGGCGUCCUCCCUGGGGAUAAAAAACUUCCAGAAAAGCAACAUCUCUUAACUGGACUCCGAAUUCCGAGUGAGUUCGACCCUCGUCAAAAAUGGCCCGAUUGUCCAAGUCUUAAAGAAAUUAGAGAUCAAGGAAGCUGUGGAUCUUGUUGGGCAUUCGCCGCCACAGAAGCUAUGACGGAUCGUUUAUGCAUUGCGUCAAAGGGCAAGCAACGCUUCCACUUCUCGGCUGAUAAUCUCGUCUCGUGUUGCUCGACCUGUGGGGCUGGCUGUAAUGGAGGAUUUCCAUCAGCCGCGUGGGAAUAUUGGGUCGUGGAUGGAUUAGUGUCUGGAGGACCGUAUGGAAGUAAACAGGGGUGCCAACCCUAUGAAAUUCCCCCAUGCGAACACCACACGUCCGGGUCGCGCCCCAACUGUACCGGAGAAGAGGGUGACACACCAAAAUGCGUCCGACGUUGCCUACCCGGGUAUUCCGUCCCGUACAAGCAGGAUCUCCACUUUGGCAAGAAAUCGUACUCCACACCCAACAAGGUUGAACAGAUUCAGGUCGAGGUCAUGAAAUACGGCCCAGUCGAGGCAGCCUUCACGGUUUAUGCGGACUUUCCAUUGUACAAGUCGGGCGUCUACCACUACGUGACAGGAUCUGAGCUCGGAGGUCACGCCGUGAAAUUGAUGGGAUGGGGGGAGGAAGACGGUGUUCCAUAUUGGUUAGUUGCCAACUCUUGGAACUACGACUGGGGUGAUGGUGGCUUCUUCAAGAUUCGACGGGGUACGGAUGAGUGCGGAAUUGAGAGCAUGAUUGCGGCUGGACUUCCAAAAUAAAUAAGAUUUCGUCUUAUCUUCUCAUUUAAAUUUAUUUAAAGUCUUGAUGUAAACGUUUUUUUCUUGAAGUUUAUGAAUAAUGCGCUAGUAAACAUUUUUGUCAAAUUUUA